AAUGUUUUUGUUCUCAACCUUGGACUUGCAGAUAUUUUGUACCUGCUCACACUCCCAUUUUUGGUUGUGUAUUACUUCAUGAAGAGUCAGUGGAUCUUUGGACAGGUAUUCUGCAAGAUAACAAGAUUCUGCUUCAACCUGAAUCUGUAUGGCAGCAUCGGGUUUCUUACCUGUAUCAGUGUGUACAGGUACCUGGCCAUUGUGCAUCCAGUCCGAGUGAUGGGAAAAUUAACUCUGACUCACUCUGUGAUCAUCUCAGUCAUGGUUUGGCUGUUGGUGAGUGUUCAAAGUCUUCCAGACAUGUUCUACAUCAAAACAUCCAGCAAACCAACUGGAAACACUGAAAAAUGUUUUGAUACCACCGACGAAGGCUUUGCUGAGAGUUACCUGAAAUACAGCCUUGGAUGGACACUCACUGGGUUUUGUAUCCCAUUGCUGAUCACACUGGGCUGCUACGGACAUGUGAUUGUCAUUCUGUGUCGAAAAAAUGCCACUGACAAGGUACUGAAACAGAGAAGUCUGAAGUUGUUGUGCAUCUUGAUUCUCCUCUUCUCUGUUUGUUACAUCCCCUAUCAUGUAUUCAAGAACCUCAACCUC